AUGUAUACGAGGAAUGGAUUUUGGUGCUCUGAGUGCCUGUCUUGCAACUACAACAUGGGUAAUAGUUCAUUUUGGCAAGCCUCAUUUGAUGAAUUCUUUGGUCUUCUCACCAAGUAUUGCAUGAAUAAAUAUCAUAGUAUCAUGCAAUCCAUGCUUGUACAAGGUACCUCGAAUGUGGAUUACGUUGGACUAGAUGCUGCCAAAGCUAAUAGUAGAGAAAUGCCUGUUGAACUCUUGCGUGCUAGUCUCCCUCUCACACUGAUGAGCGCCAGAGGAAGUUAUUACUGGAUUUUGCUCAACACUCCAUUCCUGUGGUUGGAUUUAACAGCAAUACUGAGAGGGUAA